CCUGCCCCAGACCUUCUCUACUCUAACACGCCAUGGAUGACGACUUUUCUGGCAGCUUGAUUGAGGAAAUGGAGAUUUGGCUCUCCAGCGAGGACUUUGAGCGUGCUUGGCAUGAAUGCUAUGACCGCAUCUGCAGGGGGUCCACUGGACGUUCGGACAGAAACAUUUCGGAGGCAGUGUUACUGCAAACAGCGGCAAGCCUGCACAAUCAUUUGCCACAUGGGCCGCUGGAGCGGAUGAUUCCGGCGCCGGAUGCAGAGUUUGUGAGAGGAGCUUUGGAGGCGGUUGGUGUCGACGAGCCUCGCAGAGCGGGGCUAGAGGAGCGAGCCCCUUGGCGGGCUGAUGUCGAAGGAUGUCACCGUGUUUUGAGUUGAAGAAACCUGUUCCUUGCAUACCACCCAUGUGAUGGAUUUUGCGAUGGUAAAUGAUUGAAGCUCUUGGAAUGGAAAACAGUUCUGUAAACUGAAGCAGCUGCGACUCAAGCAUGACUGAGCUGCUACUCGCGGAUGCUCGCAGGACCUCGAGCACUUUGAAGCCGCACUGGUGGUGGUCUACACACAUUUGGCUCACUGUGCUUCCUUGUUAGAAAAUGAGAUGCCAGGAAUGGCUCAUGCGAUCCUCACGGGGAAGAUCGAUCCGAGAGGUGCGUAACGUGCUGUCCAUAAGUGCAGCGGAAG